AUGGAUCUUAUACAACAGCAAGAGACAAACAAACAGCUAGAACUAUACGCUGAAGAGCAGCAACAGGAGGAACUGGACUCAUCACAUGAUAAAGAAAGCAGGUUGGAUGAGGAAAUACGAGAAGUACAAGAGAAACUGCUGGCGCUCAAACUAAAUAAGGACAAAAAAAAGUGGUUGUAUCUUUCCAAGGAAGAUAUUUGUAAGAUUCCUCACUUACAGGGAUCCACUCUUAUUGCAAUAAAUGCUCCUCACGGAACCUGUGUUGAGGCUCCAGAUCCUAAUGCGGAUAUGGACAUCUGCAAGGACCUGGAAUCUCAAGAAAAGCAUUACCAGCUUCUCUUGAGAAGUUCAAUGGGUCCCAUUGAUUGCUUUUUGAUAAGUGACCAUCAGGGGGUAUCCGACCCAGAACAGGUGGCACAAGACAAUUUGGAUCAUGCAUCCACAGCUGGAGGUUCAGAUGCUCCAAGGCCGGUGGAUGAUCAUCCAAGUCAAGCUCCCGAAAAGGGAGAGGAUGACACUGUCGGCAAGCAUACAUCGGAACCAUCCAGUACACAUGAACCGAUGUCUGGCAUUCUGAAAAUCGUACUGCCAGAUACUGAUGUUGAGGCUGAUUACUGGCUCGCAUCUGACGUUGACGCUACCAUGACUGAAACAUGGGCCUCUUAG